AUGGGGGUCUGCAGAGACGAGCUGUGCAGUGCCUCAGUCGAACGUGGAAAGUUGUGUCGAACGAAUUCUGCAGCAGGAAGAAUAAACCUAUCGAUGUGCGACGCUGUCCUCACCAACCGUGCCCUGCGACACCUUCCCCGCCCUGCACUUCUGGCACAUUCUCUCUCACUCUCUCUCUGUUUCUCUGUCUCUCUCACCUGCCCUGUUUCUAAUUCUCACUCUAUCUUUCUCUCUCUCUCUCUCUCAUUCUUACUCUUUCUCUCUGUCUCUCUUUCUCUCUCACUCUUACUCUUACUCUCUGCCUCUCCCACUCUCUUUCUCAUUCUCACUCUAUCUUUCUUUAUCUUUCUCUGUCUCUCUCACUCCCACUCUAUCUUUCUCUCUCACACACUCUCUCUCUCACUCUGUAUCUCUCACCCUUUCUCUUUCUCAUUCUAUCUUUCUCUCUCUCACUCUCUCACUUCCUCUCUUUCUCUGUCUCUCUCACUCUCACUCUAUCUUUCUCUCUCACACUCUCUCUCUCUCACUCUGUAUCUAUCACCCUUUCUCUUUCUCAUUCUAUCUUUCUCUCUCUCACUCUCUCACUCCCUCUCUUUCUCUGUCUCUCUCUCUCACCCUCUCACUUUCUCAUUCUCACUCUCUCUUUCUCACUCUCUCUUAUGUCAUUUUUAA